ACGUUUGAUGUUGGUUAUUUCAUUAUCUUGACGAUAAGAUAUUCACCGGCUUUUUUUCUCAGUGUUUUUGAUUUUGUCAAAUUUUUUUUGUUGUCGAAAAUUUUCUGAAAUUUCAAAAAAUAAAAAUAAAAAUGGUUGAUCAAGCUGUUCUCGAUAAAUUAGAAGCUGGCUAUCAAAAGCUACAAGCUUCAGCCGAUUGUCAUUCAUUAUUGAAAAAAUAUCUGACACGACAAGUAUUGGAUGCAUGCAAAAAUCGUAAAACUCAAAUGGGAGCAACAUUGCUCGAUGUUGUACAAUCAGGUUUCGAAAAUUUAGACAGUGGUGUUGGCCUUUAUGCACCGGAUGCUGAAUCCUAUACUUUAUUCAAAGAAUUAUUCGAUCCGGUUAUUGAUGAUUAUCAUAAAGGUUUUAAACCAACCGAUAAACAUCCACCAACUGAUUUUGGUGAUGUCAAUACAUUAUGUAAUGUUGAUCCGGAUAAUCAAUUUGUCAUUUCAACACGUGUUCGUUGUGGCCGUUCAUUGCAAGGUUAUCCAUUUAAUCCUUGCUUGACUGAAGCUCAAUACAAAGAAAUGGAAGAUAAAGUUAAAGGUCAAUUGAAUAGUUUUGAAGGUGAAUUGAAAGGAACCUAUUAUCCAUUGUUGGGCAUGGAUAAAGCAACCCAACAACAAUUGAUCGAUGAUCAUUUUUUGUUCAAAGAAGGUGAUCGAUUUUUACAGGCUGCAAAUGCAUGUCGUUAUUGGCCUGUUGGUCGUGGUAUCUUCCAUAAUGAUAAUAAAACAUUUUUGAUCUGGUGCAAUGAAGAAGAUCAUUUGCGUAUUAUUUCAAUGCAAAAAGGUGGUGAUUUGAAACAAGUGUUCAGCCGAUUGAUUAAUGGUGUUAAUCAUAUUGAAAAGAAAUUGCCAUUCUCACGAGAUGAUCGUUUGGGUUUUUUGACAUUUUGUCCAACAAAUUUAGGUACCACUAUUCGUGCAUCGGUACAUAUUAAAUUACCAAAAUUGGCUGCUGAUCGUAAAAAAUUGGAAGAAAUUGCCGGUAAAUAUAAUCUACAAGUACGUGGUACAGCUGGUGAACAUACCGAAAGUGUUGGUGGUGUUUAUGAUAUCAGUAAUAAACGUCGUAUGGGUUUGACUGAAUACCAAGCGGUCAAAGAAAUGCAAGAUGGUAUUUUGGAAUUGAUUAAAAUUGAAAAAUCAAUGUAAUUCGAUCAAUCGAUCAAUGAUUGAUUGGAAAAGAAAUUUCUCCAGAAUUUUAAAAUUCAAACGAAAAAUACUGGUUGAGA